CAAAGAGUGUCGUUAUAGUGUUAUCACGAACAGUUACUUGGUCCCUGUCUUGAGAUCGUAUUUUCUAAUAUCCACUGUACGCUGCUGACAAACUCUGUCGUUUUCAGUUUUUUCCCUAAUGAUUGAACCGAAUCGCAAACGGCCCUCGAUUCUUCGAACGUCAGUCAGUAAGGCAGCCAACUCAUCGCAAGGUUCUACCUCUGGCCCCAUAACAACGGUUUCGACUACUGUUAACCCGCUACAAAACCUUCCGCUGGAUGGAUCCGGUGCCUCCUCGAUCAGCUUUGUCAAUUUGACUGGCGAUGUCAUACAGCUUGUGUCAGUUUCCUCCGAUGCGCCUAACGGAAACGAUGGGACCGGUGACGGUACAGGGCAGCCGAAGCCUGAGACGGUGAUCCGGCUUGCACCGUCCACCGCGACUAUACUGUCCACCGCCGAAGCGCCUCCUGCACCACGAAAUCCCACACCUGUCACCCCAAUGAUCCGUACCUCAGUACGGUCUUGCUGUGUGUGUGAGACCUCAACAAACAACAAGCACGCCGGCAUUAUUACUUGCACCAAAUGCGAAACCGUAUUUCAUCGACUGUUUGAUAACCUAGGCGAAGUCCGGGACAAAUGCGAUUGUGCUAAUCUGCCAUCGGUCUGCUCCAACUGUCGUCUGUACAAAUCGGCUACUAAAGCUCUGUCCAAGUGGGGCACGAAGUUGACUGAUCGGGCCAGGCGUGAAUGGUCCAUAAUCGAUCGGUCGUUGGCUGCGCUCAUCAAGACCGACUGCACGUUGGAUGAUAUAUUUCAAGUUAAUGAGGAGGAGUUGGGCCGGGUAUACGGACCACCGAUCAUCACAUUUCCGUUGAAAUUGGGUCAGCGACGUGGCCAGUCAUCUUCGGACUGCGACGGACCGUCGGCGGCGGGCACCAAACGAAUCGCUGUUGACAGUCGUUUCUGGGCUGGAGUCAAUGCACUGCAGAUUGCCUCAACACCCCUAGCUAAUCGUACCACACCGGCUUCUGCCGCCCAAGUCUCUACAAAUGGCGUCACUCGGCGUGUUCGAGCGCGGCGAGCUGCUGCUGCAGCGGCCACCAGUCCGCUUUCUAGCGAUGACUCUCAAGGAACAAUCCCAUUAGUAGAUGUUGAUGCGGCACCUACCAAUACCCCACAAAAAGCCUCCUCACCCAUGGACCAUUCUCCUGAAAUUGACUCGUCCGGUCCAAAGUGUGUCACCCUGUCCAACUUCCCGACCAACUUGCCUCCAAUCGUGUUCAGGUCGCCAGCACCGCAGCUGCAGGCCACACCUCAGCCGCCAACGAUGUGGCCCAUUGUGAUUCCGGCUGCUCAAGUGGUUCCCAUUGCCACACCGCUUGUUGCCAGUACGUCUGCUCCGAUAUCUGUUGCGCCUAGCACGUCACAAAUACACAGCGAACCUGUACAGGUGAUCACAAAGUUGGAUAACGCGCUGGCGCCGCCGCCGCCACCACCACCCAAAACUCAGAACAAGGCAACUGUGCAACCACCGCUGACCCUGUCACCUACUGCGGCUAUAUCAUCAGCUCUGACACACGAUGACAUUCUUGCUCGUCGUCUGUCACGCCUAAUCCGAGCGAGUUUCUCGCAGGUCUACACAAAGCACUGUGGUGAGCCGAAAAAAGCGGAACCGUUGAUCGCAGAUAUUGCAAUGGACAACCACGCCACUCUCAUUCAUUUGUUUGAUUUUUACGACUGGGAAUGGAAUCAGCCGAUCGAGAUCUCCGAGGUGGUCCGGCAGGCUUGUUGGUCUGCUUUUCACGAACAGUUCAAUGAAAGUCUCACGGAUAUGGUUCGCUUCAUCAAACGCAUUCCGGGUUUCCCCAUACUCAAACCGCAGGAUCGGAUAUUGCUGGUGAGGCAGAGUGGCUUUGAGCUCGCUUUCGUCGUCCAUUAUUUGAACUGGAACACCAAUCACGGUACAUGGCACGGACUGAACAACUUUGUGCUAACCCUAGAUCAGUUGGUGACAAUAUUUCCGUCCGGAAACGCAUUCUUCAACCACGCUUUUUCCAACGCUGAACGUUUGUCCGUGCUCCAACAACAGCUGCAACACUUGGGACUCAUGGCUGCAUUGAUUGUUCUGAAUGCGGAUAUCCCAUCCCUUUCGGAUAGGAAGACUGUCGAUGACUUGCGCCAGCGAAUGCUGAAUGCCAUGAAAUUUGGGCUGGAAGCGCGACAGCGGGAUACAGAAAUGGUUAUGAAGGAUGUGGAAGAGGCACUCCUUAGUCUACGAACCUUGGGUAAUGCGCAUCGAACUAUGUUGGAACGUCUUAGGGAAGAAGAUCAUCUUGAAUUCCCUGAUGACCUUUAUGCCGAGCUAUUCGAGCUGAUUUCGGACUAGGUGUACGGUGUGGAAUCCGUUAAGCUAUUUUCCCCAUUUGCAGCAUUCAUUUAUACAUAGAUAUUUUAUCCAUCAUCCCCAUCUCGUGUCAUGUGUAUCUGGCAUCUCUCCGUAUUCUUGUUUAAUCCCAGUUCAACAAUAGCUUCAUGUGUAUAUAGACUCUGUUCCAAGUGAUGCUUCGGUUUCUUGUUCUCACGCUGCCG